GGCCCAGUUAGUCAGCCUUGCGCAGUCGAUGCGAACGGACGCGUCGCUCCAGAGAAAAGUUGAGAAAAAAUAUAGGAAAAAUAUAUAAGGAAAAUAUAUACGAAAAACAAAUACAAAUUAUACAUAUAUAACAAACAAAAAACUAAAGAACAUAGCAAGAACAAACUAAACAAAACCGCGUGUGUGUUAAGUUAAACAACUAAUUGAAAAACCCCUGUAAAAAUGGUUUUAAACGGCAUGCAAAUCUCAAUGCCAGUUCCCGUGCCAGUUCCCAUGCCAGUGCCCAGUCCUCCGGCCACCAAAUCCCGCGUGGCCAUCGACUGGGACAUCAAUGACUCCAAGAUGCCGUCGGUGGUGGAGUUCGAUGACUUCAGCGAUUGGGCGAAUGGACACUGCCGACUCAUCUACUCCGUGCAGAGCGACGAGGCCAGGAAACAUGCCAGUGGAUGGGCCAUGCGCAAUACCAACAAUCACAACGUGAACAUCCUGAAGAAGAGCUGUUUGGGAGUGCUGCUCUGCAGUGCCAAGUGCAAGUUGCCCAAUGGAGCCAGUGUUCAUCUGAGACCCGCCAUUUGCGACAAGGCGAGGAGGAAGCAGCAGGGCAAACAGUGUCCCAAUAGAAAUUGCAAUGGUCGAUUGGAAAUACAAGCCUGUCGAGGUCACUGCGGCUAUCCAGUUACCCACUUUUGGCGCAGAGAUGGCAGUGGCAUCUACUUUCAGGCCAAGGGAACCCAUGAUCAUCCCAGACCGGAGGCCAAGGGAUCCACAGAAGCCAGGCGACUUUUGGCAGGAGGCAGAAGAGUGCGCAGUUUGGCAGUGAUGUUGGCCAGGGAAUCUGCCUUGAGUGAUAAACUAAGCAGUCUGAGACCCACAAAACGACAGGCGAAAACCCAGCUUAUUCAGGAAAAUAAACGCAGGAGGAUGGCCGAAGCAGAGGUGACCCAAACCAACCAGGAUUUAGUAGGAGCCACCAACUAUCUGCCCACAUCCACGCCCACGCACAGCAGCAACUUCAAUCAAACGCAGGCAACUUAUGUCGCAGGAUCUGUGGCAAGUCAGUGGAAUGGAGAUAUGUACUACGAACAGGAAGGAUCUACUUAUGCCAAUGGAAUGUACGCCUAUGAUAUGCUACAUUCGCCACUUUCCGCGCACAGUUCCACGGGAAGUUACUACCAGGAGAACCUGCCGCAACAGCAACUGCAACAGCAGCCACAUCCGCAGCAGCAGCAGCAGCAGGAGCAGCAACUUUCCCCGCAGCAACACGCACCGAUUAACUACGAUCAGUCGGUGGCCUCCAGCUUCCAGUGCGGAAUGCCCUUGUACGAGAGCUGUGACGACACCUCCAGCCUGACCAGCAGUUCGGGUUACAGUUCCGAGGACUACGGAUACUUCAAUGGAUAUCUGCCCAACUCGCUGGAUGUAAGCAACGCGAGUCAGAGUCAAAAUCCCAGCCAGGAUGGCAGCUUCUACACAACCAGCUCGGAGAUCUUCAGCGUGUUCGAAUCAACAUUAAAUGGCGGAGUGUCGAGUGGAGCUGUGGAUCUCCUCUACAACGAUGGAAGUGCCUACCAGCAGCAGUCGAACUUCCUGCCACUCGCAAGCUACCAACAGGAUCCGCAGGAUCAGCUGCAAACCGGCGACUAUUACUACAGCAACUCGGGAGUGGAGAACGGAUGGAACAUCCAGAUGGACGCGACAUAUCAACCGACCACCAGUGCGGAUCCCACAUACUGCUAGGGAAUCGGAGGAGGAUAUAUGGUACCCUACCCAUCAGAUCUCCCAACCAAAACCACAUUACUGAGCCACUCAAGCGUUGUUCUAGUCCCUAGUUGAUUUCCAUUCAUGUUCCCAUUGCUUGUUGGUCCUAUUAUUACGUAUGAAAUAUUGUAUUGAACGUUUCUAGUUUGUACUCUUGUACUUGUUUCCCAGCUAUUCCAAAGUUAUAGAGCAUUUAAGAAUCGUAUUUGUAUCCUUUACGUGUAAGCAUUUAGAUCGUUAAGUCACAUUUCCCACCUAUUUAUGAACUUUUGUGUAGUAAUAA